AAAGUAGCAGCCUCUUGUCCUUAAAUAUAGUGACCCACAAUUAAGCUCUGUUAAUUCUCUCUCUCAGAUACCAUAAACCUCAUCAUCUCUUUCUCUCAACCAUGGCAUCUCAGCCAUGGAUGUGCAUAGGCUUUUUAACUUCCAUGCUUGUUCUCAUGGGUGCAGUGGAGGCCCUUCCCAUGGCUAAUAAAAUUGUGAGUUUGCCUGGGCAGCCACGUGUCAGCUUCCAACAAUUUGCAGGCUACAUUGAUGUAGACGACCACCCACAGAGAUCUCUGUUUUACUAUUUUGUUGAAGCAGAGUCUCGCCCUGCUUCGAAACCGCUUGUUGUCUGGUUCAAUGGAGGGCCUGGUUGUUCGUCGGUUGGAGAGGGCGCUUUCGUUGAACACGGUCCUUUUAAACCAAGUGGAGGGGCUACUCUAAUAAAGAAUCCAUACAGUUGGAACACAGAAGCAAACAUGUUGUACCUAGAGUCACCAGCCGGUGUUGGUUUCUCAUUUGCUGCUGAUAAGUCAUUUUACGAAAAUGUGAAUGACAACAUAACAGCACGAGACAGUUUAACAUUUCUUCAGCGCUGGUUUGACAAAUUUCCAGAAUACAACCACAGAGAUUUGUUUCUUGUAGGAGAAAGCUAUGCAGGUCACUAUGUGCCACAACUUGCACAGCUAAUAAUUCAGUCUGGUGUGAAUUUCAACCUCAAGGGGAUAGCUAUAGGGAACCCUCUACUGGAAUUCAGUACUGAUGUCAAUGCGGAGGAUUUGUUUUACUGGUCUCAUGGGCUGAUUUCUGAUGCUGCUUAUGGACUUCUCACUUCAGUCUGCAACAGUUCUCAGUUAUUGAGAGAGACCAUAGCAGGCUCUCCCUCUGAUGCUUGUUCUGAUGUAGCCACUCAAGUUUCACAAGAACUUAGCAACUAUGUCGACAAAUACUACGUUACCGGCGACAUUUGUUUGUCGCCCCCCUUUCCAACAAAAUUGGAACUUCUGAACCCGUUAAGGUCAAACUUUCGAACUUCAGCAUUUCAUCGUUCAAGUGCAGAAGCCGGCAAUUAUAAUCAGCAACUUACAGACAAGAUAGAUGCCUGUGUAGAGGAAGAAACAGUGACUUAUUUAAACAGAAAAGAUGUACAAAAGGCCCUUCAUGCUAAGCUUGUAGGAGUCUCUAGUUGGAGUUUGUGCAGCCAGGUUCUGCAAUAUGAUAUGCGAGAUAUAGAAAUUUCGACCAUUCAUAUUGUCGGCUCACUUGUCAAAUCUGGCGUUCGUGUAAUGGUUUAUAGUGGAGAUCAAGAUUCAGUGGUUCCAUUUUUUGGAAGUCGAGGUUUGAUUAAUGGAUUGGCGACGCAGCUGGGUCUCAAGUCAACUGUGCCUUACAGAGCUUGGUUUGAGGGAAAACAGGUUGGUGGGUGGACACAAGUUUAUGGUGAUAUCCUAUCAUUCGCCAUCAUAAGAGGAGCUUCACACACAGCUCCAUCUACACAACCAAAGAGAUCACUUGCGCUGUUUAAGUCAUUUCUAGGAGGCAAGACACUGCCAGCCCAUGCAUGAUCAGCCCUCCAUGGACCUGUAAUUUAUCAGCAAAUUAAUGCACCCUCCGGAUCCCCUCCCAUAAAACACUAUCGAUCAAGAGUUAGGAAUGCCAUGACCUCUAAUUUGCAAUUCUUGUAAACUGAAUGAUGUCCCUAGUGUAUUCUUCAACAUUUUUAACAU